CUGCCGUCUGGCGAAUCAGUGCAUGGCGCGAUGAUGGGAUGAGGCUGUGUUGCCUUGGGACGGGAGGACGGACGCCUUGUUUUUGGUUUGAGGGGGGAGGUGGGCUUACUUUAUGGACGGGUUGGGGGCGUUGCUUUGCUUUGCUUCUUCACGGACGGUAAGGGGGUUUGGUACGAGGUUUGGCUCGCUCGUUGCUCACUUUACUUGGCUUGUUCCUCGCUCACUCGCUCACUCACUCACUCACUCACUUCGUUCGCGUGGAUGGGCAAUGCGACACAGUGCUGAGACGGGGUAGUUGCACGAGCCUUUCACUACCUACCUCGUUACACUUGCGCCUACGCUUGCGCCUCGCGCCCCAACGACUCCAAAAGAAAGACAAUCCACACGAUCGGACACACACUAUGGCCGACAUCAAGUCGCGCAUCGCCGCGCUGAACCUGGAAGAAGUGCACGCGCCUGCGCCCGGCGCAAAGCCAACAUACACAUACGAAGCCAUUGCGGGGAAGAAGAAACCGCCGCCUCCUCCGCCGCCGGUGCAGCGCCACCAGACAGUCAACAACCCGCCGCUUCUGAGCGAGGCGACGACGGCGGCGCGUGGACGUGGAAACCAGCCCGGAGCGUCUGCGCCCAAGAUGUCGCCUGCGCUGCCUCCCCGUCUGCCGUCGCGCGCUGCUGCCAAUUCGCCGGCCCUGCCCCCGCGUGCGACUCCGACUCUGCCCCCGCGCCAGUCUUCGGAUCGCAGCGUUGCGAGGCGCGAGUCGACUGAGUCGAUAUCCACGGUUGCGUCGGGCAUGUCGUCGUUGUCGCUGGGGUCGGCUAGGACGAGCGCGAGUGGUGGGGGAGGUGUCGCGUAUAGGGUUAUGGCGCCGGCGUUCGAUGCGUCCAAGUUGCCGCCGCUGCCGCCGAAGAAGGUGGAGAAUCCGAAGCAGAGCAAGGCGACGAUGGCGGCGAUGAAGUCGGGGAGGGAGGGCGUCAAGGCGAGGGUGUUGGCGCCGGUGAGGAUGGAUCCCCCCGCGAGACCAGCGUUGCCAUCACGGCAGGACACGAAGCAAUCGGCGGCAGUGCCCGAACGACCACCACUGCCAACGCGGGCUACUACCAACGCGCGAGCGAGCAAAGUGAUUGCCCCACCGCCACGACGCUCUGCGCUGGAAAUGGGCUUCAAUAAUAAACCAGCUGCCCCUCCUCCAGUUCCCCAGAGACGACCAUCACCUACUCGUAUCUCUGAGACUGUCGCUGGCUCACCUCCACCCAUCCCGCUAUCUUCUCGACCCAACUUGGACGCCAUCAUGGCUUCGAAGCCUAAGCCAGGAGUAGCUGGGGCAUGUCUUAAGUGUCGAGACUUCUCUGGUCCAGAUAACCAUGCUGCGAAGUUUCCGCGCACCCAGCUCCCGUCGUCAGAUGUAGGCUGGCUGGCACACCAACUCUGCUCGCCAUUCUCCUCUGCGACCGACAAGGCCCGGGCAAUCUUCACAUGGCUCCACCACAACAUCGACUACGACGUGCACUCCUUCUUCAACGGAACCGUCCAGCGCACCACCCCCGAAAAGACCAUAACAUCCGGCCUCGCCGUCUGCGAAGGAUACGCCGGCCUCUUCGCCGCGCUAGCCCUCAAAGCCGGUCUAGAAUGCAUCGUGUGCUCCGGCGACAGCAAAGGCUUCGGGCACACACCACUGGAGCCCCACGACCCCGUCCCCCCCUUCAACUCCAACCACGCCUGGAACGCCGUCCGCAUCGACAACAGCGAAUGGAAGCUCAUCGACUCCUGCUGGGGCGCAGGAAACAUCGGUUGCCCCAAGAAAGGCGGCGGCUACAACCGCGCCUUCAACCCCUCCAUGUUCACAAUGGAUAACAAUGACUUCGGCUAUGCGCACUAUCCGUCCAACCAGGCACACCAGUUCCGCACAGACGGCCGCGCUAUCAGCUACGAAGAGUUCAAGCGCGACGACCAGGGCGGCAGGGUCGUCGUGUUCGGCGCGUGCUCGACGGACCACGGCGUGGGGAGUCGCACUUUCUUACCCAGCGCGCUCAGGAUCAGCACCCGCGACGGCCCGCCCGUCGUGCGCUUCCAAUUCAGCUCCCUGUGCGCGCACUGGGACAAUGCGCGGCACGGCAAGGGCGCGCCAUAUGUCAUGCUUCUCAGUGUUUCUGGGCGCGAUGGGCGGAAUACGCAGUAUCUGCCGUUUAACACCGAUGGGCGGUCGUGGUGGCUGGAUGUCGAGCGCAGGGAGCUGGGCGCGCCGGGGCAGAAGGUGGGGGUUAAUUGCGUGACGGAGUUUUGUGGGAGGGAUGCGAGGGGGUUGAGUUAUGAGGCUUGGAGGGAUAAGACGGCGUAUAGUUAUAAAUCUACAGCCACACGCGCGCCACACACGCGCCACAUCCAACGCCGACGCCUCUCCCGAACCACCGACAUUUCCCUUGCCCGUCCAGAAACAUAUCCCGACCCACGCGCCGCGCCUUCUCACCUCCAACCCGAGGAGGAGGUCGCCAACGCCAACCUCGCCAACCCGCAAACAAACUCCCCAAUACAAACCUCCCCAAAAUACCAACACACCUCCCCAACACCACCCACACCGCGCCCUCGAGUGGGACGUCCCCCCAUCCACGCAACCAUGGCCUCAGCCUUUAUCGGCAUCAGCGUGGCCGUGACGCUGCAAAAGCCCGCAAACACAAUCGUGCACGGUGUCGUGGCGGCGGUCAAUCCACAGACUGCCACGCUGACGCUGCGCGAUGUUGUGUUUCCUGCGAGUGGACAUCGGCUGAAUACGUAUCUUGUUGAGGGGAGCGCGAUUGCGGAUAUUGUUGUUGAUGGGCGGGGUGCAACGGCGACGGGGACGGGGAAUGUGGGUGGGAAUGGACAUGAGGUGAGGAGGUAUCAGCAGUAUGGGGAGAGUCAACAACAGCAGCCGCAGUUUGUGGAUCCGGCGAUUCUGAGCGUGGGGAGGAGGGCACCUGGGAUGGGAUAUGAGGGUCAAGCGCCUCAGGAAGCUCCGGCGUCGCCUAUAAAGCCUGUGUCUGCUGCGCCGCUCCCCAAACCUGUUGCUUUGCUCGCUGGCCAUGCGAAGGCGCCUAAUGUUAGGACGCCGAGCGCGGCUACGUUGGCUGGGCCUUUCUCGUCGCUGGAUAUUGCUGAUGCGGAGGAGGCGGACAGCGAGACCAAGGCGGGUCCGCCGGCUGUGCGCAGGGUCAGCAUCACCAAGACUCGCACGGGGAAGCCCAUGGACGAUCCGAGUCCGCAGAAGAAUGAUGAUGGUGGGAAGAGGACAAGGCGCGGGGGCAAGGCACGCAAGAAGGAGCUGGCAGCGCAGGAGCGGAAGAACGGCGGGGAUGGGCCCUUCAGCCCGGAUGCUGCGAGGAAAGGCAAAGGCAACGGCUGGAGAAACACGCCCAUGUUGCAGGACGCCGAGACACGCACACCGGGAGUCAUUGGCGGCAGGAUGGGCUUGGAAGCAGCACACGCCUCGAACCGCAAGAACCGGCGGCAGCGCGCGCUCGACGCCACCAACGGCUGGGCGACGGAGGAUGCGACGGACGUCCAGGACAUGCCCGAGUUCGACUUCCAGGCCAACCUGUCCAAGUUCGACAAGCGCACCGUCUUUAACCAGAUCAGGAACGAGGACACGACGGCCGACGAGGACCGUCUGGUCAGCUUCAACCGCCUCGCACGGCCCGGCACACAUGGCGGCAAGAACCUGCACCCGACGGAGAACGUGCUGGACAAGAAGCCCAAGAGCGCCACCAACACGACGUCGGAGGAGGACUCGGACUUUGGGAGCGGGCGCAACUCACGGCGCGCCAUGUCGAGGGCGUCUGCAAAGAGGGCGCCCACACGCCAGGGCAGCACUGUCCAGGCCGACAUGGACAUGACGGGCUCGGGCUUCCUGCGCACAAACCGCUCCUACAUCAGCCGCCCGUAUGCCUCCUCGCACGCCACGGGGAGUCCCAAGCCAGGCCGCAUCGUAUCGCCCGUCGAGUCGCCUGCCGAGGCUGGCACGCGCGGCUGCUUGCGCCUGACGUCCAACAACCGCAGAUGCCACGCCAUCACCCCCGGCGGCAUGCUCGCCGUCGAAGAGACAGCCCAGGUCGAGUUCGGCCUCUCGGAAGAGCUCAUCGCAGAGAACAGCGGCCGUGGCAUCGCCGAAGUAGCCCUAACCGCCAUCAACCCGGGCGGCCGCCGCCUCGCACGCGACAACCCCAACGCCCGCCCCGUCAUCGUCGUCCUCGCCGGCAACCACCGCAGCGGCGCCCGCGCCGUCGCCGCAGCCCGCCACCUACAAGCCCGCGGUCCCCGCGUCAUGGUCGCACUCCUCGGCUUCGAGCGCACCGCCGACUGGGACCGCGACGUCCGCCGCCAAGUCGACCUCUUCCGCAAAUUCGGCGGCUCGGUCCGCGCCUGGCCCGACACGGAAGACGCGCUCAAACGCCUCCAAGCACCCCCCGAACUCAUCGUAGACGCCCUGCUCGGCCGCCACCGCGAAUUCGACGCCCUCGCCGACGCAGACCGGCGCUCGGUCCUCGCUAUCGUCGGCUGGGCGAAUAAGUCCCGCGCUGCUGUUCUGGCUGUUGAGUCGCCCUCUGGUGUUGCGGGGUCGACGGGGGAGGUGGCUAUUCUUGAGGGCGAGCCGCUCGAGGUUAGGGCGAAGUAUAUUGUUUGUCUUGGGGCGCCGCGGACGGGACUGCUUAGGGCGAUGCAGAAUGGCGCGGGCAGGGAUCCACAGUGGCUUAUUUGGGUCGUGGAUGUGGGUGUUAAUCGGCCGUGGCGGAAUGCGGGGAUUGCGGGGGGGAAGGGCGUGGCGUUUGGGGAGCACUGGGUUGUUCAGGCUGUUUUUUGUGAGGGGGAGGGGGAGGCGAAGGCGUAG